AUGGAUCCAACAGAAGCUGCAAAUAACUCUGAUGCCCAGGAAAAUUCAGCAGAAGUUAAUGCAAAAAUAUUUCCAUUAGCUUCUCCAGAAUUAACUAAUCAAAUCUUAGACGUCAUACAGAGGGCGACUGUAUACAGACAACUUAGGAGAGGUGCAAAUGAAGCUGUCAAAAGUUUGCAUAAGGGAAUAUCAGAAUUAGUAGUUUUAGCAGCAGAUGCCAAGCCAUUGGAAAUUAUUUCUCAUAUCCCUUUAGUUUGUGAAGAUAAGAACACUCCAUAUGUAUAUGUUAGAAGUAAAAUGGCAUUAGGACGUGCUUGUGGAAUAUCAAGAUCUGUGAUAGCUACUUCAAUAAUUACAAAAGAUGGAUCACCAUUAGAAACUCAAAUAACAGAAUUAAAAGAUUUAAUAGAACAGAUGCUAAUAUAA